AUGGUGGGCAACUCCAGCUGUGAGAGGACAGAGUGGUGCAAGAGAUACAAAACUAAGGAAUCUAUUGAGGCUGAAGGGCCGCCUGCAAAAUGCUACAUGCUGAUUACCGUUUACACUUGCGGUUGUUAUGAUCGGGUUGAUACCGCAAGCCAAUGUCCUGAAGGAAAAUGUCAGCUGGGCAAAGCUGGUGGCGCUUCAACUAAGCUAGAGAUUUUCGCGAGGGCUCUUGAUGAAGGGUGUACACGAUGCAAGCCAGAGCAAAGAUCUGAGGAAAACGAGAAAGCUCGACUGGAUGCGGACACCAAACAAUCGACUUCUCCAUGGCCUUGUGAAGAUCAAUCUCGGCACUAUAGCCGAUCAGAGAAUAACAGCCAACCAGCGCCUCGAAACCCUCAUAUCACAGAAGCCACUUCCUCGAGACUGACGGCUAGGGUGAAUCCAAGUUGGACACCAGCAUCACAGCCAUAUACCGUUCCAGUAGAUACCCGAGCACAUGAACAGUGGGAGCGAGAACGAGCCGAAAGAGAUUUUCAAGCCCGCUCUGACGCAGAAGAGGAGAAACGAGCCGCCAAAAAAGCUCGUCGAUACGAGAAAGAAUUACGCCGAGAAGAUGCAGUCUCCAAAAAGGAUAGCUCCAGACAAUCCACCUCAAAGUCUGCAUCAAGGGCUUAUGAUGAGUCGUCUUAUGACAGUAGAGAUCAAUCUUCUAGCUCAAGUCGUACUUCCAAACCAUCAUCUAGCAGGGAAAAUCACCAUUCUAGCUCGAUACAUGGUACGAGUAAGCACAAUGAAUACUCUUCGAAGAUCCUGAAUGAAUAA